AUUUACCCACCUCUCGCCAUUUUGCAAGAAUGUCAGCCAAAUCAUCAGAGCGAGUUUUUAGUACUUUAUGUUAAUGUACGUUAAAUUACAGUGAUUUUGUGUCUUGAACAUAGUGUUAAAUAUUAACGUCUAAAAAUGGACCGUUUUAUAAGCAUGUGGAAGGUUCGGGAGUUGGCGGAUAAAGUCACAAACGUGGUGAUGAAUUACACGGAGGUGGAAGGCAAAGUCCGCGAGGCGACGUCGGACGAGGCGUGGGGCCCCACCGGGCAGCAGAUGCAGGAGCUGGCGCUCGCCACCUUCACGUACGAACACUUCCCCGAGGUCAUGUCCAUGCUGUGGCGCCGCAUGCUUCACGACAACCGCUCGCACUGGCGGAGGACAUACAAGUGCUUGCUGCUACUGAGCUACUUGGUCCGGAACGGCUCUGAGCGUGUUGUGACGUCAGCGCGGGAACACAUCUACGACCUACGGUCGCUCGAGAACUACACCUACGUCGACGACGUCGGAAAAGAUCAGGGUAUAAACGUGCGCCACAAAGUCCGCGAACUGAUCGACUUCAUCCAGGACGAUGAGAAGCUACGCGAGGAACGCAAGAAGGCUAAAAAAAACAAGGACAAAUAUAUAGGCAUGUCGUCGGAGGCGGCGGAGCUGGGCGGCCGCGCGGGGCCCGCCUGGGCCGCCUACUGCGACCGCGGCUGGCCGGCAUCUGAAGAGCCCAAAGAGAGGAACGACGACGAGGACUACGACAGAGAUGACUCCGACGGUGACUACGGACACCAGAGGAGACCCCACAAACAGCACGAGUACCGCGACUCGCAGGCGGACGGCAGCCCCCCGGCGGGCAGCCCCCCGGCGGGCAGCCCCCCGGCCGGCAGCCCCCCGGCGGGCAGCCCCCCGGGGGCCAGCCCCCCGCGCGCCGGCCCCGCGGCCAGCAGCCCCGCGCCGCGCCCGCUCAGCAUCAGCCUCAAGAGCCCCGCCAAGCACAAGCCCAGCACGCCCGUCAAGAAGAUCGACCUCGGCGCGGCCGCGUCGUACGGGCAGGCCCCGCGCGCGGCCCCGGCCCCGAGCGCGGCCCCGCGCGCGGCCCCGGCCCCGGGCGCGGGCCAGCAGCUGCUGGACGACUUGUUCAAGACGUGCGCGCCGGCCCCGCCGUCUCCCACACACGGAACUGUUUUGGAUGAUUUUGAUCCACGUGCGGACGACCCCCCCGCGGCCCGCAAGGUGUCUCAAGACUUCGGGGAUUUCGCAGACGCCUUCGGAGCCCCACCAAACAACGAGGGCUUCGCCGACUUCUCUAGCGCCUUCAGCGAUGCCAACGCCAACAGCAACAAUCUUAUCAGCUCUAGCAACAAUUUGAUGAACCCCGGCAAUAAUUUGAUGGGCCCCAGCAACAACUUGAUGGGCACCGGCAAUAAUCUGAUGAGCUCUUCGAGCAACAAUCUGAUGAACUCUGGCAAUAACUUGUUGAGUUCUAGCAAUCUCAUAAAUGCAGACAAUUUGAUGAAUUCAAACAGUAAUCUGUUGAACACAAGCAGUUUGCCGCCUACAGCCUCAAGCCUGGACCUGCUGAGCUCCCUGGGCACGUUGUCCGCCGAGCCGCUGCCGCCCGGUAUACAGCCGACACCAGCCGGUCUUCUGAAGCCACUGGCGACCAACAACCAGACACCAGCUGUAGGCAACGCCAAGCCCAGCGCGAAGCUGGGCGCCACUUGGGCGGACUCCACGGGCGCCAUCAACAUCGACGUGGACAACCUGCUGGCGCCGCGCUCGCCCAAGCAGGGGCCCGCGCCCACCAUCAACCAGCUCAAGUCCAGCCCCAGCAGCCCCGCGCACCAGCCCCCACCCCCCAUGGGGGGCUACAUGAUGAACAACAACUUCGCGAGCCCCCAACAGAACAUCAUGCGGCCCGCCUUCCCCAACCAAAACUCCUUCCUCCAAUGAUAUUGGUUGCUGGCAGAUAUUUGCCAGAGUGGUUGAGUUACAUAGACUAAGGUAUGUAGGGAGCAAUGGUAUACCUACUUGAUACUUAUCAUUCGUUCAUAUGAUUACUAAUCGUUAUAUCUUUAUGAUUUGACAUAUCAUAUAUAUUGGCAUUCCUGUUCAUUUUGCAAGUGUAUAUGCUUCGUAAUGCCUUACCUUAGAUGUCCCCUAAUUUAUUGAUAUUAGUCAAUGUGUCACCAGGGCCCCGAUUUUGCCAAUACAAUAAUUGGAACUUAAUUGUAUUGACCUUGAGUUUAGUUAGUUUAGUUUCCAAUUAUUGUGUAGAGAAAUGCUUAAGAUAAAACGAAAAUUGUAAUUUUAAGCCAAAUUUCAUCGGCCAUUUUAAAUGGCAGAAUUGGGGCUCAGAUGAUAUGUAAGACAAUAAGCGCAGACUGACGGGUGCAGCGUGUGUCGCGUCUGAGGUGUCGUGACCUACCAUUGCUCCACAUAAUCCCCUCCUAUCAACGUGGGUUUCGAGAAUUAGUACUAAUGUGAAAUAAAACAUUUUUAUACGAAUUUGAUAUUAGAAAGAUUUGUUUCGGGAAACCCACAUCAUGUACAUAGGUACAUAUCAAAUUAUAUCGCCUGAUAUUAUUUCGUUUUGUUUCAUUUGUUCUUGGUGUCUCCGUAGCCGAGUGUGAAAGUUGUAAUACGUUACGAAGCAAAAUGACUGCAUUCAAGGAAUCGUGAUCACUAACCGUUGACAUAACCAUCCUAUAGGUAGGACUAUUCUCAAUAUCAACUGAACGAUGCUCGAAAAUCGUUUAGCGGAGUAUCAUAUCAUACGAAAUUUGUUUAGACGUGAUGACGUCACACUGUGUCUGCUUUGUAACAUCAAGUUAUUGGGUGUGUGCGUAGGAUCAAAUAUGAAUGCAAGGUAUCUAUCGAGACUUAAUACUUGUCUGGUAUUACAAAACUAAGGUAACCGGUAGACGCAAAUUUAAAAUAGCAGGGAUUUGAUAUCAUAUAAAAUUCCUGAACUAUUUAUUUUAAGUAAGCACUCUCCAGAUUAUUUCAAUUACAUGGAAUUGAGAUAACUGAGUUACGAGUUUUGUAAUACAACUAAUGAAAUUAGUUUGUUGAUAUGUUUUAUUGUAAAGUUAAUCAAUAUUUAUUAAUAUUGACAUUGACCUCUGUCUGUAUUCGUUCGCUUGUUUUUAUAAUUAUCCUAAGAUGCUCACUUUACAUUCCUUAUUUAGUUCUUAUAAUUUAUAUAAAACUUUAUAUUUGUUUUAAAAUCUUGCUUCAAAUAUACUACCUAUCACAUUAACUGCCGUAUCCAAAGCUAGAGCUCAGUUAGUAUUAGAUUAGUACGAUCAUUUAAUAUUAAAGCUAUCACUUAUCACCAGAUUAUUACGGGCUGUUGGACAAUACGAGGUAAUCUUGCAGACAUUAUAUCAGUGGGCUCACCACCAGCUAUUAAAGUAAUAUACGCCGCUCAGCGCGUCUUUCACAAUGUCACUUGAACAGCAGCGUACAGUUCCCAACAUAAAUUAAAGUUAAUUGCUCCGAAUAAAAAAACACAAUAAGAACGUAGCAAAACGACGGAACUGAAUAAUAUCGGCAGUGUCACGCUUCAGGUCGUAGUGUACCCGGCGUCAUAGAAUAUUUUUAUACUCGCUUCGAAUUAGCAGGAGUAGUGUCAAACGUUAGUAUUACUGUGUGUCGAUAAGUAAGUGUUACGUUAAUAAUAAUAUAUUGUAUUAUAGUUCGUACGUGCUUGUCUGAACGUAGCUCGGUUUGUAACAUGUUACAGAAUGGUACGUUGCGAGCAAAACAUGAAGAAAUUGAAUACAAGUAGGAUACCGCGAGUUAUAUAUCAGUCAUUUGUACUUAACAUUUGUUAAUUCUUGUUGUUUAUAUGUAUCGUAAUUUUCCAAGUUUCUAAGCACUGUGUUAUCUAUGCAUUUAAUUCAUUCAGUUUUUACUUGUGUUGUGCUAAGGCAGCUAAAAUAUUCUUUAAACAAUGAUUAUUGACAAACACAUGGUUUUAUCGCAAUAAGAGUUAAUGUUACUUUAUAAAAAAAAUAGUUUAUUAUAUUUGUAUUUAAUUAUCAAGUUGUGUAUAAUGCGUAUGAUCAAAAAUAUUAAUCGCAAUUGGGACCAAAGCAUCAAAAUUUAAUUUAACCGGACUAGUGAGGGCAUUAUUGCGAUUCAUGUAGUUUGGUUUAGUCCUGUGAAAAAGCAAAACAAAACAUUACAAAUGAAAACAUACUGGCAAAGAUAUUACAUAGAAAGGCGUCUAUUACUACAUUAUUGAGCUAGCAAUGUAAUGGGCCUAUAUCAAUAUUUUUAGAGUGCUUCUGUAAUUUUGGUGCGUUGUUUAAUUAAGUUUUUCCAUAUUAUUGUAUUAUAGUUGUUUCCGAACGACUGAGGCAUCACGGAUUACAGAGGGUGCGAAAAUGUUGAGAUCAGAUUUUUCUUUAUAUUUAAUAUCGACGAUUCAUUUAGUUGUUUUUGUGGUUUAAUAGUAAUCGUUAUAUUAAUGGUUCGGCGACGCAUGGUUGCUGUUUGAAAAUAAUAGUUAAUGAAAUUAAUCUUGUGAUGUCAUCAAUCUGGUGGACAUAAUAUGUAAAUAUAAAUAUCUACAUUAUUUUCAGAGUUCUUCCACUGGUUUCAAAAUUAUGGAUAAAUGAAGCAAUAAUUAUUGUAUAAAACUCAUUUGUUCGUAAUUUAUCGAUAGUAACGAAUUUUAUUAGUUUUAAUGGUAUAUUAAUUUAGAAUGUUUACUGUAACAAUGUAUAAUUAUGUGUUGAGUGUCAUUACUACGAUUAUUCGCACAAUUAUCAUGAUUAAUUAAAUAUUUUAUUUUAGUGUAAUAAUAUAAUUAUUAUUGAAAAGUUUAUUUUAUUAGUAACCCACUUGCGUGGCUGGCGGGCUUCAUGAACCACGAACAAGCCCGCUUCUGUAAUAUUUGUUGAGCUCUUUGGGUUGUUGGCUCGAGUUGGCGGCGCGUGUCACGGCACGAAAUAGAAAUAACAAAGAUUUGUAUGAAUAAAAUGUAUUAAAUAAAACUUAUAUAUUACAAAA